AACCACCCGCUUCGUCUACUUCUCCGUCCGCUCGCGCCCCGAAGGCCAAAACCGCCGGCGAAAACCCUAGCCGUCGCAGUCGCCGUCGCCGCGCGCAAUGUCGAAGGCCGACGCCCAGCUCGACCCGGAGAUGGGGGUUGCGGGGGAGAAGGUGGUUGCUGCGGCGGAGGCGCCGAGGAAGGUGGUGCAGGAGGAGGACCCGCGGCUGCGGUGGGCGUUCGUGCGCAAGGUGUACUGCAUCCUCGCGCUGCAGUUCGCGGCCACCGCGGCGAUCGCCGUCGUGGCGUGGGUGGUCCGGCCCAUCCCGCUCUUCUUCGCCACUGGCUCCGUCGCCGCCUGGCUCGUCUUCGUCGCCAUCCUCCUCUGCCCGCUCAUCGUGAUGUGGCCGAUGCUUAAGUACAGGGAGAGGCACCCCGUGAACCUGCUGCUGCUCGGCCUCUUCACGCUCUGCGAGAGCGUCACCAUCGCCGUCUGCUCCUCGACCUUCUUUGGUAAAGUGAUUCUGCAAGCUACAAUCCUAACAGCAGUUGCCGUCAUCGGCCUCACCAUUUUCACAUUCUGGGCAGCGCACAGGGGCCAUGAUUUCUCCUUCAUGGAUCCCUUCCUUACCACCAGCAUUUUCGUGCUUCUGGCCUACCUCAUCAUUCAGAUCUGCUUCCCGCUGGGGAGUGCUGGCAUGACGAUCUAUGGCCUCAUCGCCACCAUGGUGUUCUCUGCCUUCGUCAUCUUCGACACCCACCAGCUGAUCAAGCGCCACACCUACAACGAGUACGUCGUCGCCGCCAUCUCGCUGUACCUGGACGUCAUCAACCUCUUCAUGGCUCAGCUCUCGCUCUCCGCGUAGUGUCCAAUGCUCGAUUGUCCAGUACAUGGUGGUUCCUAUAGCUGAAAAAACUUUAGUUCCCUUUACCUUACCUAACUUAUCAUAUGACAUAUCCUACUCUGGACCUGUAAUUAACUUGAUCAUCUCUAGCUAUGUUGCACUGUCGUUGCUCUGGUAGCACGAUAGAUAAAUUCUGCUACGUUUAGACAUCUUGCAGUAACCUGCAUUACAUCUGGUUAGCUCUAAUCAAUGGAGCGAAAGCUUUAAUGGAGA